AUGAAGCGCCCGGCGCCUACAGGCCAUGGCGCGAAGCGACUGAGGGUCGAAGAGCCGUCAUCGUCCCAGAGUACAGCCGCGCCCUCCACCCAAGGGACGCUUUCUCAGUUUUCUCAAGGCUGGGAUGGCGAGGAUGCUCAGUUUUCUCAAGGCUGGGAUGGCGAGGAUGCUCAAUUUCCUCAAGGCUGGGAUGGCGAGGAUGCUCAAUUUCCUCAAGGCUGGGAUGGCGAGGAUGCUCAAUUUCCUCAAGGCUGGGAUGGCGAGGAUGCUCAGUUUUCUCAAGGCCGGGAUGGCGAGGAUGCUCAGUUUGCUCAAGGUGGGGAUGGCGAGGAUGCUGUGCAAGGGCAAGUGCAGCAUCUCACUAAGAUUGAGACAAACGGAGCCGACAUUGUUGAGUGGCUCAAGACUGGGGUUUUUGAGAGACUUGCGGAAAGGCUAGAUGGCAAGAUAGGUAUCAAAGAUGCAGAAUGGGCAAAUAUGGGCCCCAAGGAAGCUGUUAGAGUUUUCCUCAUUCGGUACAACUUCGACUCCAAGGAGUGCCUGUACCAUUUCGAGCUUGAGCGAUCUGGCCGCGGCUGGUCUGCCACUUUGGUGACAACAGGAUUCCGCGGCCGAAGCUUCACAGGUUGGGCAGCAGGUUAUGGGGGCACGUGCAAGCGAGAGGCCGAGAAUGAUGCUUGCCGAGCCUUUAAAGCAGACAAGGAGGUCAACGAAGCGAGGCGGCGCCUCCCACCAACCAUGUCGACAAUUCGCCAGUACUUCACUAUCAGCCGAGCCCAAAGGGACCAGCUGAGAGCACUUGGCAUGGAGCCGGGAACUGUACAGAAGGACGUCUCCACAUGUAUUUACAAUGGUUUCCGAAGGCUUGGCUGUCGCACUGCCUUUUGGGAGGAUUGA